AUGGAAAGGACCAAUUGGACAGAGAUUGAUUUCAUACUUCAGGGACUUUCUGAGUACCCGAAGGCUGAAAAACUCCUUUUUGUGAUGUGCUUGGUGAUGUACGUGGUCAUCCUCCUGGGGAACAGCGCUUUGAUCAUCCUGACUCUCCUGGAUGCCCGCCUCCACUCUCCCAUGUACUUCUUCCUUGGUAAUCUUUCUUUUCUAGACAUUUGCUACACAUCCUCUUUUAUCCCCUCAGUGCUGAUACACUUCCUAUCAGAGAAAAAAAUCAUCUCCUUCACUAGAUGUGUUAUUCAAAUGUCUGUGUCUUACACUAUGGGAUCCACAGAGUGUGUGCUCCUAGCAGUGAUGGCAUAUGACCGCUAUGUGGCCAUCUGCAACCCUCUGAGAUACCCCAUCAUCAUGAACAAAGCCCUUUGUGUUCAGAUGGCAGCUGUCUCCUGGGGACUAGGCUUUCUCAACUCAUUGACAGAAACUGUUCUUGCAAUACGGUUGCCCUUCUGUGGGAAAAAUGUCAUUAAUCAUUUUGUUUGUGAAAUAUUGGCUUUUGUCAAGCUGGCUUGCACGGAUAUUGCCUUGAAUGAGAUUAUUAUAAUGUUGGGCAAUGUAAUAUUCUUGUUUUCUCCAUUGCUGCUGAUUUGUAUCUCUUAUGUUUUCAUCCUUUCUACCGUACUAAGAAUCAAUUCAUCUGAAGGGAGGAAAAAGGCUUUUUCCACUUGCUCAGCCCACAUGACAGUGGUGAUUGUGUUUUAUGGGACAAUCCUCUUCAUGUACAUGAAACCAAAGUCCAAAGAUUCUGCUUUUGAUAAGCUCAUUGCCCUGUUCUACGGUGUGGUCACCCCCAUGCUCAAUCCUAUCAUCUACAGCCUAAGGAAUACAGAAGUACAUGGAGCAAUGAGAAAAUUAAUGAGUAGAUGCAGGUUCUGGGGAAAAGGAUGA